AUGAACAAAUCAACUGGUCUGAAACGUCAUGCAGUGCUCAUCUAUGAUGCAAAUGGCCUGAAGAACUUCUGGGAAGAAAUAAUUGAAGUACACACAAAGCAAAAAGAAGUAGAGGAUUCCCGAUUAACCAAGAGUGCUUUGAAUAAGCUCCGAUGUGAAUGGGCCCAAAGGCUGGAAGGGCGAACAAGGAUGCUUCAGAAGUCCAGUGAAAAACCAGAAGGACAGCAUACCCUAUUGUCAGUUGACUCAUUCCAACAAAUACAGAAAACAGUGACCUAAAUUAUUGCUAAGAUGUAGGUAGUGUGAUGGAGCCAUCUUAUCCACCCUCUUUGUAUGAAUAGAACAGCACUUCUUCUCAAGCAAAGGGGGUCAGUUCUUCUGAUUAUCUGUUCUUGCUGCAGCUCCCAGUGCCUCACCUUUCCCAAUGGUCCUCUGACCCUCCAAAUUU